AUUAAAGGGUAGGGGCAUUUUGGGCUACUUACCAAGCAAAUCUCUCUCUCUCUCUCAGACAUUUAAAACUGAAAACCUUUACUCUACAUCCACAAUAUCUCUCAUUGCUUAUGCAGGAAUAGGAGAGUCAAAUCACUUAGAGUGAAUAUGUACAAGAAUCAGCUACAAGAACUUGCUCAAAGAAGCUGUUUCAAUCUCCCUUCAUACGCCUGCAUCAGAGAAGGGCCUGAUCAUGCUCCGAGAUUCAAAGCUUCUGUCAAUUUCAAUGGAGAAGUUUUUGAAAGUCCUGCUUACUGCACCACUUUACGGCAGGCCGAGCAUGCCGCGGCUGAAGUGGCUCUCAAUGCCCUCUCUGCCAGAGGCCCUUCAAGGUCCUUAACAGCAAGAGUUCUUGAUGAGACCGGAGUUUAUAAGAAUCUCCUUCAGGAGACUGCUCACAGAGCUGGCCUGGAUCUUCCCUUAUACACUACUAUUAGAACAGGUCCUGGUCAUGUUCCAAUUUUUACUAGUACAGUAGAGCUUGCCGGUAUGAGUUUUACGGGCGAAUCAGCCAAAACAAAGAAGCAAGCUGAGAAGAAUGCUGCAAUUGCUGCCUGGUCUUCUUUGAAAACAAUGCCAAAUUUGGAUUCACUGUCUCAGACAAGUAAAGAAGUCGACAACGAAGAUCGAGUAAUCUUAGGCAGACGAAAAGAUGAAAUUAGAGUAAUCAGGAGAAGGGAUCAGAAUCAACCCAGAAAAAGAACGCAGAGAACUUGCAGAGACAACGCUACGAACAGUUCUGGUUCUGCACAGCGACAACAAUGGAGGCUAAUGGAUCUGUUUUCAGAUUCAAAUUUGGAAAAAUCUAAGCAAAAACAGAACAGUUUUCUAUCUUUGCUCCCUCCACCACCACCCAGAAUAAUGUCAAAAAUUUUACCCCCAAGUUUAUCUACAAAUUAUCAAGCUUUCUAUCAUACAGAACCCAAGCCUGUCCCAACACAAAUCAUUAAGAAUUCACAAGUUAAACUCCAAGAAAUGACACCCAUUGUGGGAAGGGACAAGGAUGAAUUGCUCAAUGGGAUAUCAAAGUUCAUCAAGAAGCCUAUUGAAAUGAUGGGCUCUAGCAAUUAUGGGAAGCCCGAAAUUUCAAUGCCUGAACCAAUAGCAGAAAAUACAAGGACAAUCCAUAUUAGAACUAGCCUUGCUGAACUUGUGAGUCCAUCUAAAAUUGCAGUUCCUUCAAUCAAGGGUUGGUCUACACUCACAGGAGGAGUGUACUAUCCACAAAGGACAGCCCCAGCAGUUCAAAUUAGGUCUGUGAUCCCAGUAUGUGCAACACCACCACCAAUAAGACCCUCUCCAUCCACAAAAGAAUCUGUUUCUACUGCAUUUAGCAAGCUAAAGCUAUGAAAAAUCAGACACAGACCAAAUUUUUGUAAGUUUUAGUUUACCCUUUUGAAUGGAUUAGUGGGUCUUAAUCUUGAGAGGACAAUGUAGUUACUGCUGCGUUACUGUAAAGGGAAAAUGGAGCAUUAAAUGAGAAGUGGAGAGUGGGUUAGAAUGCAGAGAAGGGCAGAUGGGGUUAUCAAUGAGAUAAUCGAAAGGCCAUUUAAUUUACCAGUCAGAGAAAUUAAUGUAUCCUGUCUUCAACAAUUAAUGCCGACUAUCUCUCUCAUGCUGCUAUUGCAUAUAUAGAUGAAUUAUAUAUUUAGUAUUUACGGCUA